AUGCUUUUGCUCGUGGGAGUUUAUGGCCUCUGGUUAUUAUUUGCACUUCCUGGUUUUCAGAAAGUACCCAUAUGCCUCAAGAUGCCUUAUUUGCCCUCCAGUAAAACACAGACCCAGAAUGUAAUGAAACUCAUGCAUGGGAGAGCAGGGUGUCUGGCAGAUCUGGGAUCUGGUGAUGGGCGACUGGUAAUUGCUGCCACUGUAGAGGGUUUCCAGUGCACUGGCUUUGAAAUGAAUUCUAUCCUAACUGAAUAUGCCAGAGUAAAGGUAAAGUGGAAGGGAAUACCAUCCAGCACUGCAAGUUUUAUAAACCAAGACUUUUGGAAGACUGAUUUGUCCAAAUAUAACAAUGUGACUGUUUUCUUGGCUCCUGGAGUAAUUAAGGUGUUGGGUAGGAAACUGGAGAUGGAGUUACCAGAUGAGGCUCAUGUAAUUUCCUGUCUGUACUCCCACAGUCUCUGA